AGCGCCCCGGAAGUGAUCUGCGGCUGCUGCUGCAGAGCGGCCAGGAGGAGGGUGGAUCUCCCCAGAGCGGAGCGCCGGAGUCCUCCUCCUCCACCAGCCGCCCGAGCUCUGCCGCCGCUCGUCCGACUCUUCCUUCUGCCGCUCCCGGCGUGGAGCUUCCCAGACAACAAGGGCCGAGAACCCUCCAGCCAGAAGGGCUAGCGCACCCGCGGCUUCGGGAACCGGCGGGGCGGCGGACCGGCUCGCGGUGCAGAUCCUUCUUAAUCCUCCAGUGAAAACUCGACAACACACAAUGGCUGCAAAUAAGCCCAAAGGUCAGAAUUCUUUGGCCUUACACAAAGUCAUCAUGGUGGGAAGUGGUGGUGUGGGCAAGUCUGCUUUGACUCUUCAGUUCAUGUAUGAUGAGUUUGUGGAGGACUAUGAACCUACCAAAGCAGACAGCUAUAGGAAGAAGGUGGUGCUGGAUGGGGAGGAAGUACAGAUUGAUAUCUUAGACACAGCUGGACAGGAGGACUAUGCCGCAAUUAGAGACAACUACUUCCGGAGUGGGGAGGGGUUUCUCUGUGUCUUCUCUAUUACAGAAAUGGAAUCUUUUGCAGCCACAGCCGACUUCAGGGAGCAGAUUUUAAGAGUAAAAGAAGAUGAGAAUGUUCCAUUUCUACUGGUGGGUAACAAAUCAGAUUUAGAAGAUAAAAGGCAGGUUUCUGUAGAAGAGGCAAAAAACAGAGCAGACCAGUGGAAUGUCAACUAUGUGGAAACAUCUGCUAAAACACGAGCUAAUGUUGACAAGGUGUUUUUUGAUUUAAUGAGGGAAAUUCGAGCCAGAAAGAUGGAAGACAGCAAAGAAAAGAAUGGAAAAAAGAAGAGGAAAAGUUUAGCCAAGAGAAUCAGAGAAAGAUGCUGCAUUUUAUAAUCAAAGCCCAAACUCCUUUCUUAUCUUGACCAUACUAAUAAAUAUAAUUUAUAAGCAUUGCCAUUGAAGGCUCAAUUGACUGAAAUUACUUUAACAUUUUGGAAAUUGUUAUGUAUCACUAAAAGCAUGAAUUGGAACUGCACUGAAAGUCAAAUUCACUUAAAAAAGAAAUUAACGUGGCUUCACCAUGAAGCAAAGUUCAACUUAACUUCAUAAUUGCCUACAUUUAUCACAGUCCUGAAUGUAGCGUGUGAGCUUGUGUUUCUCGGGCAGUCUUUCUUGAACUGUUAAAAGAGGUGAAAUGUGGGUGGGGAAUGGGAGCAAAGACCACUUUCUCUGGUGUUUAUUAUAAAGUUUAAAUUUUAUAUCAUUUUAAAAUGUCUUGGUCUUCUACUGCCUUGAAAAAAUGACAAUUGUGAACAUGAUAGUUAAAACUGUACCACUUUUUUAACCAUUGUUGUGCAAAAUAUAGAAGAAAAAGUUAUUGGCAUGGUUGUUGCAUAUGUUUAAACUGAGAGUAAUUUGUGGAUCUGCAUUAAUUACCUGGUGAUUAACUUAGAAAAGUGGUGUAAACUUGUACAUGGAAAAUUUUGAAUAUGCCUUAAUUUUAAAAAUGAAAAAUGCCCAGUUACACCAUUCUAGGUGUGUUCUCACUGGUACUGUGGGCCCACUCACUGCCCCAGGAGUCCUGGUGAGAGAAGAUCUUAUCUUGCUUAGAUAAAGUGCAGCUUUUGUAUAGAAGAUUCUUGAGAAAUUACUAUCUGCUAGGAGUCUGUCCAAAUUAAAAAUGUGUGCCAUACUCUGGUUCUUAAGAAUAAAGUUCCAGAGCUCCUUGAUUGCUUUUAAAUAAACUAUAAGGUAGUAAAGGAAGGGCCAGCAUGUACUUGUAAGAUAAUUUUAGACUAUGAGGAUUCAGCACCAGUUAUGUUUGAGUGAACCUUUUUUUUUCUCUUAAGAUGCUGGUUCCUGGAAAUCACUUUCUAUAAGUGGUGAGCAUUUAAGUGUUAAGCUUCUAAUCUCCUAGGAACAGGGCACAGGAAAAAGUCAACAGUGCUAUGCAAAUUGCACUAGAACACUUCGGGAAAUAUUCAUGCUUGCCACCUGUCCUCUUCUAAAUUUGUUCUCAUGAGGUUACAGUUUGGCUUUAUGGAAAUUAUUAGUAUUUGUAGUCUGUUUAUGUUCAUAGUGAAGAACACUGUAACUACAUUUUUCUAAAGUUAACAUCAACCAAUCAAACACAGGUAUAGUGCAGAAAAUGUUUGGCUCACAGAUCAAACAUUAGACUGGAUCACCAUCGUAUGGUGUUCCCACGGGAAGAAUUCUAGUGUGUUAUUUGGGAACAUAAUUUCAAUGGGAAGUUUACCACUAUCAGAUUUUUCUUAUCCUCUUUAGGAUGUGGCUAAGACAGUUGAUUGAAAUUGAACAAAGUUUAUCUUUCUGUUGCUCAGUCCUAAUGUUUUAAAAGGUCAAAGAUGUGUUCAGGCAUUCCAGGGAACAGGUGUGUAUGUAAAGUUAUCAAAAAUAGGCUUUUUAGGAACUCAACUCUUUAGAUAUGACAUCCAGCUUGUCAUGUUAAAUAUUUGUCCUUAAGGGUUUGAGGUGUACAUCUUUCAUUUCAUAUUCCUCAUGAGCUAUGCCAUGUGCAGAAUUAAAGUUACCAGUGUCGUGCUGGCCAACAGGCCCAGCAGUCUCCAGUGUACUCAUUGCAGUCUUAUUGAACCAGGGGUCCUAACCACUAACAUCGUGACUUUGCUUUGAGACCUUUCCUCUCCUGGGUACUGAGGUGCUAUGAAGCCAACUGACAAAGAUGCAUCACAUGUCUUCGGCUGAUGCCACUACCCGAUCGUUUAUUUGCAAUUUGAGCCAUUUAAAGACCAAUAAACUUCCUUUUUUAAAAUGUU